AAGAAAAGCAGUUGUCGAAAUCGCUCGAGUGUUAGUGUCCGAUGAAUUCCGAAGAUUACCGAGAAAUUCUUCGCGCAAAUCGGGAUUCCAGGGGAGAGGCGGAGGGCACACGGCACUGUGAGGAAAGGGAAAACGUUCUGCUUCCUGAAAAUCGUAACUAGCUUGCUAGCUGUUGACACCUGUUCUCGGUUUUCAAGAAGUCGUGUGGAUACUUUACAUCGACCUAGAAAACUGCUACGUUUGGAUAAUAAAUUAAAAGCACAACAUUCUUGAUGUUUCAGGUUCCCCCCGUUUGGGAUGAAUUCCAGGUUUGGCGUGCUGGGGGCUCGUCUGGGGAACAUGGCAGAGACUAAAGACAAGAUGAAGGCUGAGGUGGUCUGCACUGUGCGCUUCCUGGAUGACACCUCCCACUGCUUCAGGAUGAACAAGCAGGACCUGGGCCAGGUGCUGUUGGACAUGGCGUUCAGCCACCUGGGCCUGCAGGAGAGGGAGUUCUUUAGCCUGCAGUACAGCGAGGAUGCACUCAGCUCACCUAGGUGGCUGGAACCUAGCAAACCCAUCAAGAAGCAGCUAAAGGGUAUUCUUACCUCUUGCCUGAGUUUCAGAGUGAGGUUCUACAUUUCUGACCCAAACUCCCUCCAGCAUGAACAAACAAGGCACUUGUAUUUUUUACAGAUCAGAAAUGACAUCCGAGAGGGACGGUUAGGCUGUCCCCUCAGCUCAGCGGUGGUUCUGGCAUCUUAUGCAGUUCAGGCUGAACUGGGGGACCACUCUCCCUCAGAUCACAGUGAAGGGUACCUCUCGUCCUCCCACUUCCUCCCUCAGCAGGACGCUGACUUCCUGGCCAAAGUGGAGUCCCUGCACCCGCAGCACAGAGGUCUUAAGCAGUCUGAAGCGGAGCUGUGCUUUCUGAAUACAGGACGUACACUGGAGCUGUAUGGCGUGGAGAUGCAUCAGUGCAAGGAUUCCAGCCACGCAGAUUUACUGGUGGGGAUUGCCUCUGGAGGUGUGGCCAUCUUCCGGAAUAAGAUCUGCUCCAACUUCUUCUCCUGGGUCAAUAUCAUCAAGAUUUCCUUCAAGAGAAAGCGCUUUUUCAUUCAGCUGAGACACAAGCAUGGAGAGAGCCGGGAUCACACCGUCACGUUUGUCAUGCCGAACUACCGAGCCUGCAAAAACCUGUGGAAGUCCUGCGUGGAGCACCACACCUUCUUCCAGGCCAGGAGGUGUCUGCCACAGGACAAGAAGUCCUUCUCCAACUGCACCCUCACGUCUGCCAGCCCUGUACGAUCUCUGAACAGCCACAUUUACAGGAAGGUGAUGGGAGGCAUGGUCUGGAACCCGGAGCUGAAGAGGUCCUUCUCUACAGAGCAACUGGAGACCAAGAGCCUACCGUCCCGCUCUCCUCCAAUCACACCCAACUGGAGAAGCCCUCGUCUGCGCCACGAGAUCCGUAAGACCCGCCAUUCAUCUGUGGAUAAUUUGGCGAGUGAGAUGAGCUACAUCACUGAGAGUGAGGAGGUUUUCUACACCUACAAGGGCAAUAAGACCCCCUCUGAGCUGCUGCACCCCCAAAAGCAGGAUUCUCUGGAGCAUGGGUCCACGGCCCCCUCCUGCAGCCCCAGCCCCCAGAAAAGAGACAGCUUUGAGAACUACACCGGGGACGAGGCCAGCGAGAGGAACUCUCAGUGCUACGGAGACCAGAACAGGGUGGUUGAUGGUGAUCUGUUGCUGGUGCACAUUGCUCCUGAUGAAGAGGGGAAGUUUGGUUUCAAUGUAAAGGGGGGAGUGGACCAGAAGAUGGCGUUGGUGAUCUCGCAUGUGAGCACGGACUCUCCGGCUGGGCAGAGCUCCCCCCCGCUGCUGGAGGGGGACCAGAUCGUGCUGAUUAACGGGCGGGACAUCUCCGAGCACACGCAUGACCAGGUGGUCAUGUUCAUCAAGGCCAGCCGCGAGUCCCACUCCAAACAGCUCACACUGCUCAUCCGCAGGAAGGGUGUUGGUGUCCGGCAGCCUGGGUUUGAGUUGGGCUUUCCAAUGCUGGGGGAACCCAUCCUGCCCCCCAGCCCGUGUGCGGAGACCAUCCUGCCCCCCAGCCAGAGCGGGGGCACCCUGGAGGAGUCCAUGAGCCAGCUGAAGAGGGGCCUGCAGGGUGGAGCCCUGCUUGCUCAGUUUGAGCAACUUUACAGGAAGAAGGCUGGCAUGUCGGUGUCUUUUGCAAAAUUACCUCAGAAUAUGGAGAAGAACAGAUACAAGGACAUAUUACCAUAUGACAGCAGCAGAGUGGUCUUAGAGGAAGGAGAAGACGACUACAUCAAUGCCAGCCAUAUUAAGAUGGAUCUUGGGGCGGGGCAGACGGAGGAGUGGGCGGGAUCAGUGAAGCAGUAUGUGGCCUGUCAGGGCCCUCUACCCCACACCUGCAGCCAGUUCUGGCAGGCAGUGUGGGAGCAACACGCACACGUCAUCGUCAUGCUGACCACACUGACAGAGAGAGGAAGGCCGAAAUGCCACCAGUACUGGCCCGACCCCCCAGACGUGCGGACUUAUGGGAACCUGCAGGUCUGCUGCCAUUCAGAGGACUGCAACUUGGCCUAUGUGUUCCGGGAGCUCACACUAACCAAUGUGGAGAAGGGGGAGGAGCGUUCAGUAGCUCAUCUGCAGUAUGUAGCCUGGCCAGACCAUGGAGUCCCAGAGGACCCCUGCGACUUCCUGGACUUCGUCAGCUUUGUGCGGAAUAAGAGGAGCCACUCCGAGCCGCUGAUCGUGCACUGCAGUGCUGGGAUUGGACGAACUGGUGUACUUAUCACCAUGGAAACGGCAAUGGAGCUAAUUGAGAAAGAUCAGCCAGUGUACCCCCUGGAAAUCCUUAGGAGACUGCGGGACCAACGGGCAAUGAUGGUGCAAACAGCAAGCCAGUUCCGUUUUGUGUGUGAAGCCAUCUUCAGGGUGUACCAGGAGAAAAAGCAGGGUACCCCUCAGGCUGACAGCGAGCCCCAGGGGAGGAGGGUUCCCUCGCAGGUCUACGCAGGUCCCCCAGAUGCCCCACCUGACUGCUGACAGGCACCUCUGCAUCUGCGGUCCUCUUCACAUACCGGAUCAUCCGGGCUCCUCUUCAUGUACUGAAUCAUCAGGGAUCCUCUUCAAGUACUGGAUCAUCAGGGAUCCUCUUCAGGUACCAGAUUGUCAGGGAUCCUCUUCAAGUACCGGACCAUCGGGGAUCCUCUUCAAGUACUGGAUCAUCAAGGAACCUCUUCAGGUAUCGGAUCAUUCUGGAUCCUCUUCAGGUAUUGGAUCAUCCUGGAUCAUCUUCACGUAGCAGAUUAUUGGGGUGUGGAGUGUGCAGGCCUGUUGACACACUUGUGCUUCACAGUGGGAUUAUGGGUAAUACUAUGGCUUCUCUUUGUAGAAUCAGGGCGAAUAGUAGCUUUAUAUAUACGGCACCUGCCACAGACCUUCUCAGCUCAGACAUCAGGACAGUGAGUAAUGCACAGGGGCCCCAUGGCCUCAUGGGAAAUUAAGAGGCCUGAUUAAUUUAGCUGUUACCAUGAAUAUACACACAUGCUUUAUCAUCUAUUAUAAAAUAAUAUUAUUUCUGAAAAUAAAUGAUAGUUUAUAUUCUGCAUAUACAGUUUGGUUUUAUAGGACAGACUGGCUUUUUGAAAAGUUGUGUUAUUUACCUGUGGUACUAUGACCAUGAAAAAUGAAACAUAAGUCUUUAUGACCAGGGAUAUUUAUGGAAACUUGUAAUAAUGGUCAUGUUUUUCAUAAUUUUAUAUGUAUAUGUAUUAUUUAUGUGUUUAGAAUAUUUUCCCAUUUUAUAAAUUCUUCUCUCUGUUAUGAAUAUACUUUAGCUAAUAUUUUUUUUCAAAUAAUUCCAUGUCCACUUUAUGAACUGUCACUACCAUGUGAGUGAAUUGGAUGCAAUGAACACUUCUCUACUGUACCAAUAUGAACCCAGACAAGAAUAAGUUGAUCCUUACACAAUAAAAACUACACAACUGUAACCAUAUACAGAAUCAUUAGACCCUUAAUUAAAAAAAUUAAAUCAUUCCUCUCACA